AUGAAAGCUGUUCUACAACGAGUCACUUCUGCCUCAGUUACAGUCGAUAAAACGCUUAUUUCGUCCAUUGGCAGAGGCCUUCUUGUGUUUGCCGCUGUCGGCCCGGAUGAUACUCAGAAAGAUGCAGAGUCCCUUGCGGCAAAGGUUCUUAAGCUAAAGAUCUGGCCCGAUGAGGCGGGCGGUACGUGGAAGAGAAGCGUCCAAGAUAUUCAAGGAGAAGUCUUAUGCGUGUCCCAAUUCACCCUCCUGGCCCAAAUCAAAAAGGGCAACAAACCAGACUUCCAUCACGCCGCGGACGCGACCAAGGCCAAGGAGUUGUACGAUCACUUCUACAACAAAGUUGGAGAACUCUAUAGUGUCGAACGCGUCAAGAACGGCGUCUUCCAGGCAAUGAUGGAAGUGGGCCUCGUCAACGAUGGACCGGUUACGAUUCAAAUCGACACCGCGUUACCUAAAAAGGAGCCUAAGAAACCAGGGGAUGGAAACGGGAAUGGGAACGGGAAUGGGAAUGGGAAUGGCCAGUCGAGGGAUCCAACUGUGCAGCAACCGGAGCAAGGUGGCGCGGGGAAAAACUAG